GAUGUCUCCACCUACCACUCACCAAACUUGAGCACCUAAACAAACAACAAAUCAAAUUCUCAAAUAAAUAAAUAAAAAUAAAAUCGCUAUCACAGAGCAAACUCAGUCCACACGAUACGCUUUCACAUGUUGAAAUUCCAGUAAGCCGCCGACGCCGCCGUAACCAAUCAUCUCCGCCGCGCGCCGCUGCUGCCGCCGCCGAUGGCAGCUGCUUCCUCCUCCCUCCAACCCGGCCGCGCUCUCGCCCUCUCCUCCCCUUCCCUAAACCCCUAUAAGCUCUCCCCACAUCAUACGCACCUUCGCGUCCCUGUCCCAUUAUCUUCGAAGCCUCAUCUGCCGUUCGAUUACAACAAUCGGAGCUUGGGGCUGAUGUUGAAUACCUCGGUGACGCCUUCUGCUGUCGUGGCUGAUCAGACCGCCUAUCCUUCCUCCCCCCCUGCAGUUCCUACAAUUGUGGACGUCGAUUUGGGCAAUCGGAGCUACCCGAUCUACAUAGGGUCGGGUCUUCUCGGACAGCCCGAGCUGCUACAGAGGCAUGUCCAUGGGAAGCAAGUUCUUGUGGUCACUAAUUCCACGGUAGCUCCUUUGUAUCUCGAUAAAACUAUUUGGGCCUUAACAGAUGGAAAUCCCAACAUCAAAGUCGAGAGCGUGAUUCUGCCCGAUGGAGAGCAAUUUAAAAACAUGGAAACACUAAUGAAAGUAUUUGAUAAAGCAAUCGAGUCACGUAUGGACAGACGGUGUACAUUUGUUGCCCUUGGUGGAGGGGUCAUUGGCGACAUGUGUGGAUAUGCCGCAGCUUCAUAUUUACGAGGAGUGAAUUUUAUUCAGAUCCCCACUACUGUUAUGGCACAGGUAGAUUCUUCGGUUGGGGGUAAAACUGGUAUAAACCACCGGCUCGGGAAAAAUUUAAUUGGGGCAUUCUACCAACCGCAGUGUGUGCUCAUUGACACUGACACGUUGAACACAUUGCCUGAUCGCGAAUUGGCUUCAGGACUUGCGGAGGUCAUCAAGUAUGGAUUGAUAAGAGAUGCCGAUUUUUUUGAGUGGCAAGAAAAGAAUAUGCACGCGCUUCUGGCAAGGGACCCAGACUCAUUUGCUUAUGCUAUAAAGCGCUCAUGUGAAAAUAAAGCUGAUGUUGUGUCUUUAGAUGAGAAGGAGAGUGGGCUGAGAGCAACAUUAAACUUGGGCCACACGUUCGGUCAUGCAAUUGAGACUGGUUUUGGGUAUGGGCAGUGGCUUCAUGGGGAGGCUGUGGCUGCUGGAACAGUAAUGGCAGUGGACAUGUCUUACCGGCUCGGCUGGAUAGAUGAGUCUUUAGUAAAGCGGGUGCAUAUGAUCCUGCAACAGGCCAAAUUACCUACAACACCACCAGACACAAUGACUGUCGACAUGUUUAAGUCUGUUAUGGCGGUGGAUAAAAAGGUAGCCGAUGGCCAGCUAAGGCUCAUCCUGCUGAAAGGUCCGCUCGGCAAUUGCGUUUUCACAGGUGAUUAUGAUAGACAGGCCCUUGAUGACACACUCAAUGCAUUUUGCAAGUCUUGAUGUAACUUUCACAUUUUAGGUUCGAACUCCUGUAUGCGUGUAUGUAACUUUAUCUAAUUCUUAUGCAUUUUAUUUUGUAUGUGGGGAAAUUUUGAAAAUGGGAAUAAUUAAUGGAGAGUUUGAAGGUUGAAAUAUAAAAUAAAUAUAAAGAAGAGUGCAUUCAAUCCGUUUCAUCACAUUGUGUUGGUGUUUCACUACUGCCUAAGAACACCAUUUGUGGUUUUCUGUUGUGUUUUUGUGUUAUUUAUUUCAUUGGGUCAUGAAUGUGAUACUAAAUCAAAAUUUAACAGUUUUUUUUGUUCGUGUUAUUCAUGUCUUGUACGGUACAGUUUGUGUUUUGUGUUGUGUCCGUCAUUGCAUUUGCCUCUCAUGAUCAUGAAAACACUCAUGGCAUCAAUGCUAUUUCUUUUAAUUUUGGGGGAGUUCUUC